AUGAACUCUAAUGAAGAUUCAUUUGUACCGUAUCAUAUUGAUCAAAUACCAUCUUCAAAAUUAAAAAUUUAUAAAGAUAACUUUGAAGUACCAUUUCUUCAAUAUAGAGAAGAAUUUUAUCGAUGGGAAGUCGUUAAUCUUGUUGAGAAUUCAAUAAAUGAAUAUUUAAAAAAGGUAGAACAACGUUUUCAAAAAGAAAUACAUCGAGUAGAAUUAUAUUUACAUCCAUCAACAUUAACACCAUUAAUUAAAAAACUUGAACAAAUAUUCAUUCUUGAUCAACUUGAAACAAUCUAUACUGAAGCAAAACCACUUUUACACAAUGAAAACUAUUCAGAUUUUGCAUUUCUAUUCAAAUUAGUUGGUCGAAUACUAGAUACGAUUAUUGAAUUAAAAAAGAUUGUUGAAGAAAAUUUUUGUCCAAAAGUUAUUAAAUCUUUCACACCAAUCGAUGUUCCAGCUAAUUAUAUUAAAUUAAUCCUUAAUAUUCGUGAGGAAUUUUUCAAAGUGGCACAAGAAUUUUUUAAUAAGAAUGAACAUUUUAUUGCUGUUGUUGAGAAGAGGUGUAGAAAUUUUAUUAAUAAUAAUGUAUUACCAGAAAGUGCUGAUAAUGCAGGAAAAUCAGCUGAAUUAUUAGCCCAAUAUUGUGAUCAACUUUUAUGA